AUGGUUAAGAGGGAGAAACGUCAGCGGCUCGCCGAUUCAAGUGAGGAACAUGGAGGGACCCAGGAAACAAAGCAAGAAGUUCAUGGGGAAAGGGGUGUGGUGGAGGAGUCAAUGAUCGGCGAAAUGCAGUUGAAACGCGCAACAACGGAUAAGCGGAUGACAAACCGGCAGAAGUGCCUAGUUUUGGGCUCCCGUAAUAUAUCUAGUCGAGACCGCCAUCUUCUUCUUGACAUUCGGAAUUUAAUGCCGCACGCUCGGGAGCACCCGAAGCUUGGUCGUACUGGUGGCCUAGGAGAUAGUGUGAUUGAACUUUGCGAGCUUCACCAGUGCAAUAGUUCACUCUUUAUUGAGGCUCACCGCCAGGAUAUCAGUUACCUUUGGAUUGCUCAGGCUCCGCGGGGUCCCAGUGUGAAGAUGCAAUUAACAAAUGUUCACACGGCAGAUGAACUACGCAUGGCUGGAAACUGCUUGAAGUAUAGUAGGCCGCUCCUCCACUUUGACAGGGAUUUUGAGACCCAACCACACCUACGGGUCGUGAAGUCGCUUCUCCAAAUGACAUUCAAUACCCCACGGUAUCACCCAAGAUCUAAGCCGUUUGUUGACCACAUUUUGUGCUUUUUCUACCUUGAUGGACACAUAUGGUUCCGUCACUACCAGAUAAUUGACACGGAGCCAAAGUCAUUGAUGGAAAUUGGACCACGUUUUACGUUGGAGCCGACGUCCAUAUUCAACGGGUGCUUCAAGGGGAACGUCAUUUGGAAAAAUGCGCUGGCCAGGACCCCCACGGAGCAGCGUCGCGACAGGAAGACGCGGCGGCUGGAGAAGGUACACAUGAACGAGGCCGUUAAAGCGAAAUCAAAGAUUCACAAGGCGCUAAAUCCCGCGCCGGAACCGAACCCAUUGGACUCAGUAUUCCGCGAUUGA